AUGGCCUCGGUGAGUGUUGAGCUGAACUCUAACAAUAGCAUACUACGAGGCGCUUUAAUAGAUAGGACUGCGCCAAUGGAGACGGGGAUGGACGUGGUGCCAGAGGUAUCUGGCACCCAAAGCAGCACCCAGCCGAGGCGCCAGCGCAGCACCAGUCUCCGUCAUGCCAGAGAGGUCGGCGAAACGUCAGCGAGCCAUACCCAUCGUGUUCCAGCAUCACAGUAUGUGACUAUUGGUGUGUGGAUGGUUUUGUUGUUCAUCGAGUAUGGCUUGGUUCGCUUGAUGUGCGACUUGGGUGUGCCACCAGAUCACACAGCUGACGACGACAUUAUAAAAGUGCUUAGCGAUUUCCAGUUUUUGCUUUUCGCUGGGUUUGUCCUUGCCAUCCUGACGGGCAUAAACUGGCCAGACAGGUUCCUAUACAUUUUCUGUUUCCAGACGCGUCAGCCCAGAGGUUAUAUGUUCCUUGCCGCAUUCUUCCUCAGCGGCAUCGGGUGGGGUUUCUUGGAUUUGUUCCCAGGCUUAAGCGAGUUCAGCUUAACUGAAAUAAAUCUCGCCUACGCCAUCCCUCUCCUGGCACUCCUUCUGGGAGCGAUCGCACUGAUCGUCAUGCAUCUGUGGAUGGCGUAUCGGCAUAAUUCUUGGAGCGGCUUCUUUGCAUAUUUUCUCUCUCGAUGCGCGCUGUUUGCGUUCUACUCUUCGUACCUUGUGGUCAAAAUGCAAACGCAGCACAAAGACAGCGUCGUGUUCCAUUUCCACCACUAUGCAGUGGGAUUUCUGGCCGCUUCGCUCGCGGAGUUCAACCACCCGCUGUCGGUCCUGCUCCUGGCAUGCGGCACUGGAGUGUUCGUGCAGGGCAUUGCCGCAUACGAUGCGGACCCGAUCCUUGCCAAACCCUCAUACUAUGUAGAAUGCUUUGGAGUGCGGUCCCCACUCAUGAGAGACGAAGUUGCACAGUUUGUCACGUCCCACAUGCGAUGUAGACCUCAUACAUCUGGGUAG